AUGAACAGCACCAGUCUCAGCAGCAGCAACAGCAGCAACAGUAGUGUGUACAUGACCACGGGCAGCUUCCGCACCAGCAGCAACAGUCAGCAGCAGCAACAGCAGCAGCAACAGCAGCAGCAACAGCAGUUUGAGCGGCUACAGUAUGGCGAAGGGUUGCGUGUCUGUGUGCGUCUCAGGGAUAUGGAGUUCCGAAAGGGCCAAUAUCCGUCUUUGGAAGAAUUCAUGUCUCUCCUUGCUCAGGAAGGUGUCAAGGAUGUGGUCUGUUUGAACCUCGAGGCCCUCAGUAGAAGAGACCUGGGGCUUGUCGCCCUCGUUGGCACGUGCGGAACUGCUGCUCACUGCAGGAGAGUCUCACGGUUACUGCGUUCGUUGAUUCAGUCACUGGAAAUUCCCCUCGUCUCUGAAAGUUGCAGCAGUACGAGUGGCAGCACAAGGCGGAACAGGUCAAGGAACAGCACUAGCAGCAGCGAGUGGUUCGUUGCCUGCCUUGGACCGGUGUCUGUACACCUCAUGACGGCCGCAGCGCGAGACUUCUAUGACGUGGAGCGUGUGUGGAGCAGCAGAAGCAAGCAACUGCAGCAGCAGCAGCAGACCCAGACUGCCGAUGAAGACCUGCUGCACCUGCCACCGACCGGCGAGCAAGAGGAUCUGCUGCAGCAACAGCAGCAACUGGUGCUGAAGCAGCUGCAGCAGCUGGAGCAGAAACACAAAGAGCAGGCUCAGUGA